AUGGGAAACUCAUCCGACCCUUCUAUUCUAGAAUAUGCCCGGUUCUACGGCAUCGCAAGCGACUUCACGGCAGUCGAUCCUCUCACGUACAUCGACGACACUUACCAAAUCCCCACGCCGGAGCUACAGCCCAGUCCCGUCACCGAGCAAUUACAAAAAGCCCAGCAAACAAUCACUCAAGCAUUACUCAAGGAGAAGCUGGAUAUCAAGAAGGAAAGCGCACGCCUGCUGUCGACCGUGAUCCGAGAUGCAGGUGCUAAACCCGAGGACAUCAAUUGGGCCGAUGUUUUGCCGGCAUUCAGUCGAAUGGAAAGAUUUCAGGUGGAACCUCCCAUUUUUCCUGCAGAGCAUGAUACAGACACUAUGCUCGCUCGGAAACGUUUAAGAUACGAAGAUUGUGAAAUCCAAUUGCAACCGCUUGAGGAACCUCAGUCAGUUGCAGCACUUCCGAGCUGUUUGCCGGGCGGUAUAUAUGAAGCCAUGGACAAGAUCAAGUUUGAGAAACUCAGCUGUAGCAAAGAUGCCUUCAGGUUGAUACAAGAUGCCAAAAACUGUGCUGACGAGCUCACCUUUCCAGAGUCACCCGCUCUUGUCCUCUCCAAUGCCGACGAUAUGCAUUUCCGAAGUUCUUCGCCGGUUGCGAGUUUACAGAUGCCCCCUUAUCCCAUCUCGCCGCGUGUGUUCGCCGAAUAUAGCUCACAAACCAGCGACAAGAGCUCAGACAGCUUUGAACCAGAGGGUGAACUAAAUAGGUUCUCGGGACAUACCAAUUCAUAUGGAUCUAGUUCUUCUAGUAGAAUCUCGGUGGCUGAUAACCAGGAUUCAAAGAUCAACACGCAGACUACUCCUAGCAUCUCUACCAAUGCCGAGACUCUUCACCUUGGCAUCGAUGCACAGUCGUUUGCUUCAGCUAAUUGUCUCUCCCGAGCAGAUAGUUCUCUUCAGAAGAAGAUCAGUGAAUCCAGCAUAGGUACCAUCGUUUCCUCCGCAGAUACAUCCACACCCUCAGCUACAAAAGACCCAUCCACGGCGGACGGAGAGGUUUCAAAAGCCGCUGAGACAAUCACUCAACUACACCUCCCCGGACAUAGGCCCAACAACCCCAGAACAGCUGACCUCAAAUGCAUAAACUCGCCACUCCGCGAACGUAUCUUCGUCCUUGCGCCACGCUACGAGCACCUCUACCUGCUCAUCUCACACGGGACCAGCUCUAGAAAAGUGGCCCAGGGCGGCAGUGCCGGUAUAACAUGGACAGUGGAAAAGCGGACACUGGCCUCUUUCGCUUCGUUACUCGCCUUUUGCAAUUCGAUGAGUGACUGCACAACCAUCGUCCCACUUUGGGUGCCCUCGGCUCCUGAGGCACUAGCAAAGUGGAUUCUUUCACUACAUGAUAAGCAUGCAAUCGAGUUGCCUCAAGCAGAUGUUGCAACCCCUCGACAAACCGGGUUCACGCCGGUGAAUCCAAAACCACAACCCCAGCUUACCAGGGCUGAGCAUGACGCCAUGGAGGAGUCAAAUUGGGAGCACUUCCUCAGGCGAGCCGGUUUGAAUCCGUAUGCUGCCCAAGCUGUGCUUGCUAUUCUCAGUCACAAAACUGCGGGAAUGGAGAUGAACGUUGCAGACGGUGUCUCCGUUCAAGAGUACGUUAAAAUCGGAGCUCUGUCCAGCUUCAUUGAGAUGACUGCUGUGCGUCGACGAGAGCUGUUCGAAAAAUUGAUGGGAGAGAAGGUGGUCGGUCGAAUCAGUCGCGUGCUAGAAAAAGACUGGCAGUGUGACUGGGCGCUAAAUUUCAAUCAUUCUGCGGAACUGUAA